AGGAACUAACUGUAUAGCCUCCCUGACCCAGCUAAGUGAAGCUCUCAGUAUCUUUGGGAAUAUAACCAGUGAAGCACCAAUGGCAAGUUCUGUCAGACCACAUACAAUGUCUCUCAGUGACGUGACUACCACUCCUGAAUCCCCCAUCUUCACACCGACACCGACAUGGAACAACUCCUCUAGAGGAAGAAUUGUGCACAAUACUAAUGAGCCAGUGACUAUAGCCAUUGUUUUGGGGUUGAUCGCUGGUAUAGUUGGAAUUAUCCUUCUCAUUUAUUACUUGAUCAGCCUAAUAACAAAGAAAUGUUCAGUUGACAUACCCAAGAGUGAAGACACAGAUGUGGCACCAAGUCCUAUUGAACAGAUCAUUGUUCAAGAAGAACAAGCCAGUGUUUGAAAGACCUCAAAGAAAAUGCAAGACUUCGGUCAAUGGAAAAAGUAACACAAGAAUCAGACAUUUCAGUAAAUUAUGUACCUUCCUGACCUAUUCCAUUAUAAGAGAAAAUGUCACCA